AUGGCCGUACUAGUUGACGAUUGUUUGCUUGAGAUAUUUGAAUAUUUAGAAAACGAUCCAAGGUCAUUACAUUUUUGUGUUCUUGUCAACAGACAGUGGUGUCAACAUGCAAUUCCAGUUCUCUGGAGAAACCCGUGGAAAUAUCGACAAGGAGGGUGCUUAAAAAAUUUAAUCGAUAUAUAUAUUUCAACAUUACCAGAGAAAACUCAAAACAAAUUAUCAGUAGAUGAAAUUAUUGAAUUUCCAUUAUUUAACAAACUCACUUUUGAAUAUUCAAAAUUCUUACAAAGUAUAGUAUUAAGUGAAUUAGACAAUGAUAUUAGACUUUGGGUUCACAAUCAACCUAUUAGAAUUCAUGAAUCUUCCUUUAUUUUUAAGCCUCAACGUAAAAGAAAAGCCGCCAAGAAUCAUACAAAGGCGAUUUGGGAUGAAUUCCAUGAAGGUGAUGAUGGAGGAAGAAUUCAACGAAUAAAUUACAAAGCGAAUAAAAAGAUUAUAACUUAUGAAUUACUUAAAUUCUUUCUGGUUAAUUCAACAAAUAUAGAUACACUUUAUGCUUCAAAUUUAAGUACUAGGAGCUUUUAUUAUAUAAUGGAAAUCAUUGAAUGGAAUCCUAUAACAAAAAAUCGGAUCGAUAAUUUAAGACAAUUACAAUUUGGGAGCAAUGUGAUACAUUUAUUACCACGAACCUUAUGUAAUGUGGAAUAUUUGGAAAUCGAAAAUUGCAAUUUAUGUUCAGAUGGAUUAAGAAAUUUUAUUAAUGCACAAAAUAACUUGAAGGAAUUAAAUGUGAAAUUUAGUAAAGCACGUGGUGAUAUUAAUAAAACUUCGGAUAUCAUUUCAAGUAAAGAAUCAAUUACUCGACUUAUUAUUAAUGAUUCCCCGGGAAUUUGUUUGAUUUUGAAAGGGUUUGAAAAUUUAACGGAAUUGAUUAUAACGUAUACUGAACAAUACACCGUCAGUUUUUGGAAGCAUAUGGCAAAGGCGUCAUUAAGGAAUCUCAAGAAAUUGAUUAUCAACCAUAAUUAUAUCAUAUAUUAUGAUCUCAUCGCAAAGUUUAUCGAUAGUUCUUCUUGUGAUUUGGAACAAUUCAUUAUAAACACAAAAAUUCAAGGGGAUCAAAGUGUAACUGACUUAUAUAUUAAAUCUAUCAGUAGACAUUGUCCAAGUCUAAAGGUUUUCCAAGGGGUAAUCAGUGUAUCGAAUCUAUCUGAAUUCUCUCAAUUAUUAAAAUGCACUAAUCUAAAAAUAUUACACCUUUAUCCAACACAAAAAAUGUGUCAAUUUGAUAGUUUCAUGGAAGCAAUGAUGGAGGUUCCUUUAGAUAAUUUAUCUAGAUUAUAUUUAGAAACCGGGUGGAAAUUAAUGAAGAUAGAAAUUUUUAAAAAUUUCAUGAACAAAAGGAAUUCAUUAGAAUUAAAACCAAUUUCUUUUCAUUGUCAUAAAAAUUUUGUUAAUCGUCGUUCAAUAUUUUUAAACCUUUGUGAAGAUUAUAAGCGAAAAGAUUAUUUGUUAGAUUAUCAUUUGUAUGGAUAUUUGAAUAAUUACGAUUGA